AUGUGUUGUACUUUAAUCAUCACACCAGCAACCAGUCACACUGUCAUUACACUGGCAACCAGUCACACUGUCAUCACAGUGGCAACCAGUCACACAAUAAUCACACUGGCAACCAGUCACACUGUCAUCACAGUGGCAACCAGUCACACAAUAAUCACAGUGGCAACCAGUCACACUGUCAUCACAGGGACAACCAGUCACACUGUCAUCACACUGGCAAAUAGUCUGACAAUAAUCACAGUGGCAACCAGUCACACUGUCAUCAAAGGGACAACCAGUCACACAAUAAUCACACUGGCAACCAGUCACACAAUAAUCACACUGGCAACCAGUCACACUGUCAUCACAGGGACAACCAGUCACACAAUAAUCACAGUGGCAACCAGUCACACAAUAAUCACAGUGGCAACCAGUCACAAAAUAAUCACAGUGGCAACCAGUCACACUGUCAUCACAGUGACAACCAGUCACACAAUAAUCACACUGACAACCAGUCACACAAUAAUCACACUGGCAACCAGUCACACAACAAGAGGACCAUGA